CUCUGCGUCAAGGCAUCAAAAGAAAUUGCCCAAGAAGUGACUGAAAGUUAAAAUAUUAUUCCGGAUGUUUUACUUGAAAUUUUUUUCCUUUCUUGAGAAUAUCUUUUAAAAAUUUAUUUACUUUGAAAACAAUCGUGCACAAAACUUUUCCAUUCAAAGGAAUUUAGAAGUUUAGUACUAGGUUUGGCUUCAUAUUAACAUGAACUCAUCCAUUACACCAGGAAUAGAUUCGGCCAUUGAAGUUGUUCUUUUGAAUUUGACUGCGAGAUCCUCUCCAGCAGAGUUAAAUGCUGACAGCCAGUUUGAUGUGUUUGGACCAGAAUACCAUCGCCAGAUGCGCAUUGCAAUUCUCACAAUCAUGAUCAUUACCUCCCUCAUCGGCAACGCCAUUAUGUGUGCUCACAUCAAAUUACAUCGCCACAGAAACCAACGAAUACAGUUACUUUUCAUUAAUUUAGCUGCCGCAGAUCUGUUGGUCACCUGCUUCACAAUGACUUCUCAGCUAGUUUGGGAAUGUAUGGGAAGGGAAUGGAUCGCCGGACCUGUCUUCUGUCCCAUCUUCAAAGUCCUCCAGACAUUCACGAUGGUCUGCUCAAACUACUUGAUUGUAACAAUUGGCUUGGACAGGCAUUCGGCCAUCGUGUAUCCUCUCAGGAGAAAUAUCAACACUCGAUGGUAUUUAGCAACAGCUUGGAUGGCAUCACUUCUACCAUCCAUUCCAAAUGCAUAUGUCUUCGAGCAAUACACCACUCCUUCUGGUAAAACGUUUUGCGUGGCAAAAUUUUACACUUCUUCUUUAUCCAUUCGUGCAAGACAAAUAUAUAUGGCCUGUGUGUUUCUUGCGGUGUUCAUUUUGCCAAUCUUUAUCAUUGUUGGCCUCUAUACAAGGAUCUUAUAUGUCGUGUGGACACGAUCCAGAGCAUUUCCAGGACACCUGACUUCUGCCGAAUCAGUGACAUCGAAUUGCAUUCCGAAAGACAUGAACGGUGCCCAAUCGCACUAUCCACGAGCAAAAAUAAAAACCUUGAAGAUGACACUAGUUGUUGUCAUCACAUUUCUUGCAACAUCAUUGCCUUAUUUGAUCCAAGAAAUGAUCAUAGCUUUUGGAGACACAUCAAUUCUGAACGAGAACGUUGUUGCAAUGACUGGUAUCAUAUCAGCAUUCAACAGUACCAUUAAUCCUUACGUGUACUUGUUAUUUAAUGCCAAGGCCAAUGUGGCGAAACGAAUUUCAAAUUAUUUGUGUACUUGUUUUCUACCCUUACAUGCAAGGGGUGAAUCCAAAAUAGAAGUUAGCAGUAAUGUUUAAUGUGAAAUUUAUGUUAAUAAAA